AUGCUCAAGAAGAUCGCGCUCAGCACAGAAUACAAGCACUAUGCAUUGGGCAUCAAUAAGAGUGCUGGUCGAUCACCGCUAUUGACAUCUACAAGAAGACUACUUGAAAAAGAGCGAAACGUUGAUGACACCUUCGCGUACCAUCUUAUUCGACCUAUUGGAUCAGUGGCCGGCGAACUGAUAUGGCCACGAAGCUACGACUCAUCGAAUGAGCUGACCUUCGAUGAGAACGGAGCCGCUUUCCCACUACACGAACGUCCAACACUCUCCAGAAUCCUUCGUCGUUCAAGAAUCUCAUCGUUGAAUGCUAACACUGCCUAUAAGGAUAGCUACAACUACAAUAACUUCUAUAAUAACUUCAGCUAA